GAAGAAGGAGGUGUUUGGUGUUGACUUGGGUGUUGCCUCCAUCGCAGACUCGAGUGUUGAGAUUGAUCUCGCCGUUACUCGCCGCUGUCCGCUCGCCGAUUCUCGUCUCGUCUCGUCUGAAGCUAAAUAGACCGCCAUGGGAGUCGAAGGUUGCACCAAAUGUAUCAAAUACCUGCUCUUCUUCUUCAACUUCAUCUUCUGGCUGGCAGGGUGUGUGAUCCUGGGAGUGGCCUUGUGGCUGAGACACGACCCCCAGACCAGCAGCCUGCUGAAUACCAACUUUGAUGGAGCCCCGGCGCCCAGCACCUUCUACAUCAGCGUCCACAUCCUGAUAGCCGUGGGCGCCGUGAUGAUGGUGGUGGGCUUCCUGGGCUGCUACGGGGCCAUCCAGGAGUCUCAGUGCCUGCUGGGAACCUUCUUUGCCUGCCUCGUCAUCCUGUUUGCAUGCGAGGUGGCUGCCGGCAUCUGGGGCUUCAUGCACAAAGACACUGUGUCCAAGGAGAUGAUCAACUACUACGACUCCAUCUACGACAGAGCCAUGGAACAGAGUAUUGGGGAGACGGAGAGGAAGAAGGCCGCCGCUACAGUGCUGAAGGUCUUCCAUGAGACGCUGAGCUGCUGCGGUAAAGGUACGGGCACCUCCAUUUUCACCCACAUCACCGAUGCCCUGGGUGUCACCGACCUGUGUCCCAGCAGUGGAACAUCAGUUAACUGCCACAGUCGCAUCCGUGAUCUGUUCUCGGAUAAAAUCUACCUGAUUGGUAUCGCCGCCCUGGUGGUCGCCAUCAUCAUGAUAUUUGAGAUGAUCUUCAGCAUGGUCCUGUGCUGUGGCAUCCGCAACAGUCCCGUCUACUAGAAACAACCAGGAAGGACGAGCUCGCACUUCCUGCCCUCCAUCCCCACACCUAUCUUUCCCCCCCGUCGUCCGUCAACGACGGGAAACGUAUUUAGCUUGCUGGAUUCCGUACGGCGCGGGCCGUCCUUCGUGGUAUUUUGGUGAUGCUGAAGCAAAGCGGCCAUGUAGAUCCCAGCUCACGCGUCCACGUGGUUAAGUAGCCCCUCCCCUGCUAUCGAUGGAUGUUGUUUAGUUUGCUGUAUAAAGUGUAUGUAAAUAGAAAUAUUAACAGAAUGAGCAUGGAUAUUAGUUCAUCCUUCACUCCGCCAGCUGAUGGCGCUAACCCAGCUGGACGUGCUUCAUGUCUUUCAGUUACAUAGAACUUCUUUUUCUACAUGUUUGCAUUCUAUAUUGUAGAAAAGCCUCUAGUGCAUAUUUGACAACCACCUCUUGUACGCUAACCAUCCAGCUGUCAAUCAAAAGGAGCAGCCUUAACCACCAAUCAGAAAGUGUCUUGUUGCAUUUCCACUCAAGUUCUAUAGAGGACCUUGUUGCCUUGCAUCCUCUUUGUCUGGUACGUCCCCCGGGGGCGGGGGCCGGGCGGCAGGGGCGGCCAGCGCGCACGCCAAGGAGUCGUCAUCUUUGCUGUGCUCUCAUUGGCUGCCACCGUCCAAUGCUGCCUGUUCUGACCCCACACCAUUGUUUGCCCGAAAUAUAAAGGGAUUAAAUGUAUUUUACAAAGAAA